UGAACGUUUGUCCAGACCGAACAGGGAUCGUCUUAUUAUUCGUCCCUCCGUUGGGUUCCACUGCGGACGACGGAAUUGUUAAGUUAGCUCCAUAGACACCACCAUCAUGUUCCAGUAGCUUCAUAAAUCAUACUUCAUCCACUCAUUCGCAAGUCUCACGUCACAAAUACUUCCAGUUCGGUGGUUAGCUGCUACGCUUCUUUGCUCCAGCUCUUCGAAUUCAUCCGUCAUCCAUCCCAUCCAGAUAGGACGACUUCAACCAGACUACCCCUAGUCUAUCAAGAUGGCAUCACAGGGCCCAAACCCUCUUCCCCCUCCGCCCCCCCAAUGGGUUCUUGACAUGAACUCUACGCCAGGAUCAAAACCGAAAACUGCCAAUAUACCGGAUCCCCCGGGGUUCUCUGCUUCGGGCGGGAGCAAGAAAACCGCCUCGUCCAAGCAAGCCACUCCCCGAAAAGCACCUACAACGGAGGAGAUGGACACAUUGAAAGUGAAGAAGGCAUGGGAGAUUGCUCUGGGACCGGCGAAGCAGAUACCCAUGAAUGCAAUCGGCAUGUACAUGAGCGGCAACUCACUCCAGAUCUUCUCCAUCAUGAUGGUGUUUAUGCUGUUCAAAACGCCGAUCCAGUCCAUAAUGAAUGUCCAAGGCGCCUUCCAACGAUUCGAAACCGAAGGCACCAAGUCGCGGUUGCUGCUGGUUAAGAUCGUCUAUGUGCUGAUGAAUAUCCUGCUGAUGGGUCUGGGAAUCUACAAAGUCAACGCGAUGGGUUUAUUGCCGACGACACGCUCGGACUGGCUAGCAUGGGAGGCGCAACGAGAUUAUCUAGAACGAGCAUAUCCAGCUCUCUGGAGAUGAUUGAUUUGUCGAUAUCCCCUGUAUAUUGUCUAUCCAUCCAAAAAGGAUCCCGAUUCACAGGU